GAAACAAAAAAUGCGCAACUUUGAACCCGGGUGUGGACCUAACCAGCCGAAUACCCGUCCGUCGCCUUCCCUUCCUUCUCUGAGAACGAACAAGAAAAAAGAAAAAAUAGAGAGAGCGAGACAUUUUUAUAAGCCUCAGUUCGAUGUGCAGUUAACAAACACCACCCUCUAAAUUCUCUUCCGUCUCUCAAUUUCUCUCCCAUUCGAUUCCCUUUCCUUCUACAAAGGGUUAUGUCCCUCCAUUUUUGCUUCCGCCUCUUCGAUUCUUCAAUUUCUGAUUGAGCAACCCUAAAUUCGUCCAACCCGUCAUUGAAAUUCCAUGGAAGAGGAAAAUUUUAGUGGCGGCGCCGGCGUUGGAACUCGCACUGGAAAUGGUGGUGCUGGUGAUUCGUCGAGAGCUUCUUCUUCGUUCCUGAAAUCAGGGGACCGCCAAAUGUUCACUGUUGAGCUCCGACCUGGAGAAACUACCAUAGUUUCGUGGAAGAAGCUUGUCAAAGAUGCCAACAAGGUUAAUGGACUCAAUACUGUGCCUGAACCUCCAGCCAACCCCAACCCUGCCAUCGAGUGUCGCAUUGAUCCGGGGCAGCCAAUUGAAGAUGAAGUGAAAGAUCCAACUGCACCAAAUCGUUUUAAUGCUGUUAUUGAGAAGAUUGAGCGCCUGUAUAUGGGGAAGGAUAGUAGUGACGAGGAAGAUUUAAUUCCGGAUGAUGAUCAGUAUGAUACAGAAGACUCAUUCAUCGAUGAUACCGAGUUGGAUGAAUAUUUUGAAGUUGAUGAUUCGGCAAUAAAACAUGAUGGAUUUUUUGUUAAUAGGGGGAAAUUGGAGCGCAUUGAACCAUCUGGACAACCUAAUCAACAGUUGAAGAAAAGACGCAGAAAAGAUUUAGAGAAGGGCCAUCCUGAAAACCAUGAUGGUCGCUCAUCAAAUAAGCAUACAAAAGUGGGAAGGACAACUGCGGGAAAGAGUGCACUGAUGGUUGCAAAGAGUUUUUCUAAUCUGUCUCAGAACAUGGUGAUCACACAUGAACAUCUUGAAGAUGAAAAGUUGCAGAACCAAUUGAAUAUGCCUGGACAUAGUUCCAAAAAAAAAUCUGGUGAUACGAAAAUGAUUUUGGACCCUUCUCCAUCUUCAAAAGUUUAUAAUGGUGAUACCUCUACAUCUAUAGCAGAAGCGAAGGACACUGAUCCUGCAAACCCUGGUGUUUUUCCACCCAAGACCCUUGGUACCAAAUCAAAAGAGUCAUGUGGACCAUCGGAUUCUUUACAACAGAACAUACUUGAAAAAGUAGCACAUGCACCAUCCAAACCCCAACCUGGGAGACCAUGCACAGAUGAGAUAGAUUUGUCGAUUCAGAUGAAAGAGAAACAUGGCAUUCGUGAAUUGCCAGACAUUAAUUUGCCAGCGGGCAAGUACUCCGUGCAAACAGCCAAAACACCAUACGUGCAAAAAAAAGAUGGAUCUAGUGUUAGACCAAAAAGCUCUCUGCUAGAAAAAGCUAUUAGAGAGUUAGAGAAGAUGGUUGCUGAAUCUAGGCCACCGCUUACGGAAAAUCCAGAGGCAGACAAUUCAUCUCAGGCUAUCAAAAGGAGAUUGCCCAGAGAAAUCAAACUCAAGCUUGCUAAAGUUGCCAGAUUAGCGGCAAGCCAUGGGAAAUUGUCAAAGGGGUUGAUUAACCGACUUAUGAGUAUUCUUGGUCACUUGAUACAACUGCGAACUUUAAAGAGGAAUUUAAAAGUCAUGGUCAACAUGGGUAUCUCAGUGAAGCAGGAGAAGGAUGAUAGGUUUCAACAGAUAAAGAAGGAAGUUAUCGAGAUGAUUAAAAUCCGGCCUUUAUCCAUGGAGUCUAAGGCAAUUGAACAACAAGGUGGAACACCUCAAGAUAGCCGCGAAGUUGUUUCUGAAGAAAAGGGAGUUCCGAAAAAGAAAUUUGUAAUGGAUCCUGCAUUGGAGGACAAGAUUUGUGAUCUCUACGAUCUGUUUGUUGAUGGACUGGAUGAGGAUGCUGGUCCACAAAUAAGAAAGUUGUACUUGGAGCUUGCAGAAUUGUGGCCAAAUGGGUUCAUGGAUAAUCAUGGGAUCAAACGUGCAAUAUGCAGGGCAAAAGAGAGGCGGAGAGCGUUGCAUGGCAGACAUAAGGAUCAAGAGAAAAUCAAGAGGAAAAAGAUGUUACCACCUAGAGUAGACGAGACUGUUAGAACUGAGGGUGGUUCAGUUGCGCAGCCACAGUAUGCCCGAGAGCGAUUAGCCUCAGAAUCAGCUUUACAGCCAACACCAGCAACCAAACCUGCAUCUGUUUCGACAGUUGCAGCGGCCCAGCUACCAAGUCCUUCCGUGAGUGUUGGAAAUCUAGACAGGCUAAAAUCCGAGAAGUUGAAGGUAAGCUCAAGCAGUUCCCACGAGGACGCGAGGAUGGUGGACGGUACAUUAACCAAGAAAAAGACAAAGAGGAAGGCAGAGGUGGAGUUGGGCGAAACUUACAAUCGGCCUGAAAAGGCAUCCAUCCAACAUGGAGAUGAAAAACACAAGUCCAUGAACAAGCCAACUGCCAGUCUUCCUCCUAAGCCAAACAUUCAAUCAGCUGCUCCUUCAAGUCUGGAACAGUCAAGCUAACAUGAUAUUACCUCUCAUGAGUCUAAUCUACACCAUAAUAAUGUUCUAUCACACAUCGCCACACUCAUUGGGUCGCACAAAAUUUUCUCCCCCUCCCCCUCCCCUUCCCCUUCCCCUUCCCUUCUCUUACUCGGGUUUCAUUUAUCGACCCGCAAAAAAGCCAAAAUGAAGUAGCCAUUUUUGUAAUUACAUGUUGGUUCGUGCAUGGGGCUUUCUGGAUUAGAAAUGUAUCUUAAAGUAGGGAGAGCUGAAGUAGCAAUUUUAUUUGGCAAUUAGUCAAUUUGAAGGCCCUUUUUCUCCAACUCUUAAGGUUCAAAUUGUUAGUUUUUCCUGGCGAACUUUCUUUUACUUUGUAGUUGUAUAGCUUUUAUGACAGAA